CUUCACCAUUUCUUUUUCUUUUUCUUUUUUCUCUCUUAUUCCCCCUGUGUUCUCUACUCGACAACCUGUUAUAGCACAAUCUUAACCAUUCAUUUGAUUCAAUGGCAUUUUCAUAAUUUAUUUGUUUGUUUGAGAUGGGUACUUGGCAGUGGAAUCUGAAAUCCCUUUUCGGUUUUAGGAAUUCCCCAGAAAUCUCUCAGGAUGCAUCAAGCAGGAAGCUAGAUACUUCUGCGGUUACAAACAACCGGUUUUAUCACCUGUAUUAUCCGUUGAUGGAUGACAAGAAGGCAGAGAUUAGAAUCAGGGAUGAACAGUUGGUUGCUCAUAGUGUGAGGUCUCAUGGGAUUGCGGUGGCAAGGAAUCACAUGAAUGAUUGGUUGAUUCUUAUACUACUAGCGGUUAUAAUGAUGGUUCUAAGCCGUAUCCAUCCUUUCUACCGUUUUGUUGGAAAAGACAUGAUGACGGAUCUUAAGUAUCCUUUGAAGGAAAACACAGUUCCAUUAUGGGUUGUUCCUAUAUAUGCAGUUCUGUUUCCAAUGGGUGUCUUUAUGUUCUUCUAUUUUUAUAGAAGAGAUGUAUAUGAUCUUCAUCAUGCCAUACUAGGGCUUUUAUUUUCGGUGUUGAUAACUGGGGUUAUAACGGAUGCUAUAAAAGACGCAGUUGGCCGACCUCGGCCGGAUUUUUUCUGGCGAUGUUUUCCAGAUGGAAAAGAUUUUUAUGAUCGGUUUGGAGACGUGAUAUGCCAUGGCGAUAGCAAUGUCGUAAGUGAAGGCCAUAAGAGUUUCCCAAGUGGACAUACUUCAUGGUCGUUUUCCGGUCUUGGGUUCUUGUCACUCUAUUUAUCUGGAAAAGUAAGAGUGUUUGAUCGUAAAGGCCAUGUUGCAAAGCUAUGCAUGGUGUUUUUGCCUCUACUCGUUGCAUCUCUUAUUGGCAUUUCUCGUGUUGACGAUUAUUGGCAUCACUGGCAAGAUGUAUUUGCAGGCGCUAUCAUAGGUAUCACGGUGGCCACGUUUUGCUAUUUGCAGUUUUUUGCACCACCAUAUCAUGCCGAAGGUUGGGGACCUUAUGCAUUCUUCCGAGCCAUGGAAGAAUCUCGUUCAAAUGCUCAAGAGUCUAGACCUCCUCUUACCCAAGCCAACGUGGCCUCCUCGGAUGCCCAUUUGGCAUUGGACGAUUUGGAAUCUGCUAUGACGUAGUCCGAUGGUUCUUUCCAUAUUUAGAAAGCUAGUUUGUUUGUUCAUAGUCUUUGGCUCUUUGCUAGAAAUCGGUAUAUUACUGAUUGUACUCCAUAAGAUUCGUCUAGUUUGCAAAAACAUAACGGGUAUUGAUCAAUCAUCAAACGAUUUAACUCCAUAAUUUGUAUUUCCACUUUGC